AUGAGUAAAUUAAACAUAAAAUUUUUGAUCUGUGUAGCUCCUCUUAUUACUGAGUACGAAAAACAUCUAGAAGCGCUAAAUGGGCAGCUGAAAUAUUAUCAGAAACAGAUGGGUGAGAUGAAACUACAACUUGAAAAUGUCAUCAAGGAAAAUGAAAGGUAUCAAUUAGCUAUUGGCUCUUUUAUUAUUGUCUUAGGUAACUUUUAUUUUUGUUAUUUGAUAUUUAUACCUGUGGAUCAGCUGACCAAUUAUAAACAACUGACCAAGAAACUUCAUUUUAGUAAGGAGAACACAGAAAUGACUCACCAAAGCUAUAUUAGAACAGUAACAAGGAAGAAAGUAAUAGGAGAUGAGGUCAGAAAGCUUAUGCAAGCCAAGUCAGAUGUGAGAGUUGCAGCAGCAAAAGUGGAAGAGUUAACUAAAGCGACUGAAGAUCUUCAGGGACAGAUGCAAAAGAAGGAGGAGGAUAUGGUGUCUGCCCAAGGAAGAGAGGAGGCAUCAGAUAGGCGCUUACAGCAGUUACAAACUAGUAUAAAACAAUUAGAAACAAGAUUAUGUGUGGUAAUCCAGGAAGCAAAUCAAUUAAGAGCAGAAAAAAAUAAUCUGGAAAAACAGACCAGAGACCUACAAGCAAAGUGCAAUGAAUUAGAAAAUGAGAAAUAUGAGGCUAUUAUAAGAGCCAGAAAUAGCAUGCAACUCUUAGAAGAAGCUAACCUUCAAAAAAAUCAGGUAAGAAAUCUAGUAAACAUGUUUAGAAAUGAAAUGCCGAACAUUCCACCAUAUAACUUAACGGUAAGGGAAUCAAUAGCUGUAGAACAAAUGCAUAAAAAUGAAAUUAUCACAAGCACAAAAAAGCAAUAUAAUAUACAGAUUUCUCGAUUAUCAGAAGAACUUUCAGCCCUUCAAAUGGAGUGUGCCGAAAAACAAGGCCAAAUCGAGCGAACCAUUAAGGAAAAAAAAGCAGUGGAAGAAGAACUAGAAAAGGUAAAAAGAAAAAGGAAAUAUAACUACCUAAAACCCAACUUAUUCUCCUGUUCCUCAGAAGAGAUAUCACGUUCCCAAGAAAUGAUCCAGAAACUUCAAAAUGUAUUGGAGUCUGAGAGAAAGAACUGUGGAUUUGUCAGUGAACAAAGGCUUAAACUUCAGCAAGAAAAUGAGCAGUUACAGAAAGAGACUGAGAAUUUAAGAAAGAUUGCUCUGGAGGCUCAGAAAACAGCCAAAUUAAAGAUCAGUACAAUGGAACAUGAAUUUUCAAUAAAGGAACAUGGGUAUGAAGUUCAGUUGAGAGAGAUGGAAGACAGUAAUAGAAAUUCCACUAUUGAACUGCGGCAUCUCUUAGCGACUCAACAGAAGGCAGCGAAUAGGUGGAAAGAAGAAACAAAGAAACUUACUGAAAGUGCAGAAAUUAGAAUCAGUAAUCUAAAAAUGGACCUUUCACUGAAAAAAACACACACACAAGAGAGCCAGAUUCAGAUCAAAAGAGAGAAAAUGCAAAGAAAUGAAAAGUUAAUUCUAGAGCAUCAAGAAAAAGCCAACAGACUUCAAAGGCGUCUAAGUCAGGCUGAAGAGAGAGCUGCUUCAGCUUCCCAGCAGCUCAGUGUGAUUACAGUGCAGAGAAGAAAAGCAGCCUCCAUGAUGAAUCUGGAAAAUAUUUAA